AUGACCUCCUUGCAGCCCCAACCAUCCGAGUCCUUCGCCAUCCUGACACCUAGACUCAUCAUCUUCCCUACAACAUUCGCUAUCUCCUCGAAAUCCUACCGAGCACUCUAUGCCGCGUUACAUGCCGACGAGAACUUCUGCCAAGUAGCUUUCGGCGAGCACUUCCAGGCUCGCAAUUGGAGCGACGAUGAAACACGCGAAUGGAUUGAGACACGCGAUAUCGGACGCUGCUGGAACCCACGCGGUCUGGGUGAUUUUGCCGUGGGGCUACGCGAGUCAAUCAGCUUAGAUGAGACCAUUUCUCAUUAUUCCACAUCUGUUCUCAAGGAAUCCGAAUUCACGCUACUUGCUGGGCCGAAUGCGGAACGCCUUGAUCAGAUCGAAUGGGUUGGAUAUGCCGGUGUCCGCGAUGCAACCACGACAUCUCUUCCGAAACGAGGAGUUGAUGAUACCAAUCUCCCACCGUGGGAUGAGAUGGUUGAGCUGCGAUAUGGUCUUUCGCCGAAAUCUUGGGGCAAAGGAAUUGCAAAGGAGGCGGCGGAGGCGGUGAUGCAGUGGGCCGCGAACGAGCGGGGGGUGAAGAGAUUCAUUGCUGAGACGGAGAGGGACAAUCGACAAAGCGCGAGGCUUUUAGAUAAAUUGGGAUUUGUUGCAAGUGGGACUGAUUAUUGGAAAGAGCCCAGUGAGGUAGAAUGGGAAUUGGUUGUACGCUAG